AGAGCCAUGUCUUUGCCUACAAAGUUUUCUACUUUUAUUCCAAUUUUAUAUGAUUGCAAAAACUAUCUUAUUGUCAACAAACCUCCCUUUUUGUAUUCGCAGCCUCCUGAUACUUCGAAUGCCUAUUUCAAAAGACAUAAACGUUUUUUCGAUCCGGGUAUUCAAACUCGAGACCAAUUCAAGGAUUUUGUUCUAAAUGAAAAAUGUCUUAUCCCUUUACUAUAUCAUCAGCACUUUUUAGGUAAUUUUGAAGACUCAGAUUCGUUUCAAAACAUUAAUGAUAAAGAUUUAAUGCUAAAAGAAUUGCAACCAAUUAACAGAUUGGAUUACAACGUUUCUGGUGCUCUUAUAAUAUCCAAAAAUAAUAUUACAACUUCCAAAUUUAACAGAAAUUUAGUAAAAGGUGGGAAUUCGGGUCAUUUGAUAAAACGAAAAUAUAUAGCAGCUGUUGAAAUAAUUGACAAAAAUUUUGAUAGCUCCUCAUUGAGACAUUUGAAAUUUUUAAAUCCUCAGAAUACUCUUGGUUUAAUUGAUUUACCAAUUGAUAAUAAACCAUCCUCAACAAAGUUUAAAAUAUUAAACAGCAAUUGCAUGAUUUUAGAAUUAUUGACUGGAAGAAAACACCAAAUUAGAAAACAUUUAAAUUAUAUUAAUUAUAAUAUUCUUGGAGACAAAAAAUACUCUCUCCCGCUGUCUUACAAGAAUAAUUAUUCUAUUUACAAUCAAAAAUUUAACUCAGCUAAUCUUUUGUCGGCUCAUCAUAUCUCACCUCCAUUUCCUCAGCAAAUCGCUUUACAUUCUGCUUUUUCUUUAACACAGGUUGGUCUAACCCAAGUCAAAACCUAUGCUCCUCUUAUUUGGAAUUUUGAUAAUGUAUGGAAAGACUUAAUACCAAAAAAAACAACCAAAAAUAAACCCAAAGGUGAUUUGCCUUCUUGGAUUAAACAAGAAUUAAAUGAAUUAUGAUUUUUACAAUAUAAUUUACAAAGCUUCAGAUUCAAGAUUCUUUUUAGCAGUAUAUAAAAUUUAUUAUAUAUCAUACAAACUAUUUAAAUAUUCGCUACUAUAUUCACUUAGCUCGGGAAACAAUUCGAUAAAUA